CACUCAUUCCAGUCAUUCCUUUUCAAAGCCUGCUCUUCAGCGUCCACUCGUUCACGUCAAGAACAAGCAAAGUCAUUCUUAAUCUCUUAUCCACACUAAUUCUAACUCUCCACAAUGAAGUUCACCGGACUUGUUGCCUCCCUUGCUGCUGUCAGCGCUGCUUCUGCCGCUGCUGUUCCUACCGCUUCUCUCCAGCCCACUUUGACCCAGCUCACCGACGUUCUUGGAAACAUCGACGGUCUUCUUGGUGGCGUCCUCAAGGGCGCCAACGUCGGUGACCUCGUCCAGGUCCAGGAUGUUCUUAAGCAGGUUCAGGGCCAGCUGGGCCAGCUCACCAGUGCUGUCUGCCAGCGCGACAUAGUUGGAAACGAGCUCAGCACCGUUGGCAAUGUCGCUUCGCCUGUGACUUCCACCGUUGACGGUGUCACUAAGCCUGUGGUUGGAACCGUUGAUGGAGCUGUUGGUACCGUCGAGGGCACUGUCAAGAACACCCUUGCUGGCGCCACCGGUGCCGUCGGUGUCAAGCGCCAGGUUGGCCAGCUGACUGGUGUUGCUACGAACCUGAUCAGCCAGAUUAAGGCUGAAACCAUCGACACUGCUGGUGUUGAGCACAUCCUUGACCUCGUCCACCUCGACAACCUCCCUCUUGUCGGCAGCAUCCUUGGUCUCGUUCUGUAAAGAGACUAUCUCGGCGAUUCAUGCUUCCUCUCACGAAUAUCAUGGGAAGGAAUGUGCGAAGCGCUUCAUAUAAAACUUCUGUUGGGGAAACCCACGGAGUUACGGCAAUGAGAGUACAUCGACGCUAUAACCCUAGCUAGACAACAACAUGAGCAUUUGGGAAUGAGGGGAGGCUCUUGUACAGUACAGUGAAGGCUUUAGUCCAUAAUUUCUAAUUCCACGUCCCCAAUUUGAUACCUACCAUAUCCUUUGAUUUGGCAAAAAGCUUCGACC